GGGAGGAACAAAGCCGGAGAUAAUGUCGAGGCGUCUGGGCGUUAGCCCGAUGCCUGAGCCGCACUUAGUCAUCAUCUUGAGAUAUAGUCACGUGGUUUGAUUGUAAUGAUUUUGAUCUGGCCCGGCUCGGUUUUGAAUAUUGUAAACUGUUGUUGAGUGCAGUCAGAAUAUACCCAACAUGAAGCGAAGAAGUAAUGCAAAUGAGAAGUGCGUGGAAAAGAGCGAGAAUACCCCUCUGCGUUCAGUUAAACGCAAGUCGAAUUCUGUGCUUGCUGCGAUAAGAAAUAGCUGCUGUUUCAAAUCUUCGUCCUCCUCGACACCUGCUCCACCUGUUCUGCAGCCUGUUGGAUCUGUCAAUAAUAUCCAGAAUCUACCGAAUUCAGAGACCUCUCAAGAUGCUCGUCAGUCUGGAACUUACGAUGAGCGAGUUAUUCAAGACGAGAACUCUAGUCAGAGUACGUCCUCACCCCGCCGAAGGCACGACAACCGCAGCUACAAAAAGCCACGCUUUUGCUUCUCAGUUCCAUCUCCUGGACCGGUGUUUUAUAUAAUUGUUAGCUGCAUCGGUCUUGUUGCGGUCAUGAUCCCAGUCCGGCUGUGGUAUGCUGUUGCUGCGCUGGGUAACGGCUGUUUGUGGGGGCUGAACAAGAUCAAGUACUUUCUUGUCUGUUUUAUUCUGUGCUCUGUUGUUUGUUUGAUCGAGCCUUUUUAAUAAGGUCGUAAUUUUAUAUUUCGUGACUAGUGGUUCUAUCGUUGUUAUAUCCUAUCGAUUUGAGUCAACAUGAUCGCUAUGAGCUCUGUGAUGUUUUUCUUUUGUUCUUCUGACUCUUUGAGUCUUCACUUUACAUAUACUUGACGUAUAGAUCUCGGUGUUCUUUGUGUGUUUGAUUUUAUUUUAUAGUCUUGAUCAAUGAACCGGUGUGAGUCCCGCCAUG